AGUCAAAAGAAACGUUUGCGUGGAACGAGUUGUCUAAAGAUUAUAAUGUUCUUAGAAACUGCGACAUACGUUAUUUCAUAUAUAGAAAUUAAGUUGUUAGUGCCAGUUAUUACACUGUUUCAAUAUGGCCUGAUAUUGGUAUCGAGUUUGCCGCUAGGUUACAAUGAUUAUCCACAACAUGCUACUGUCCACAAUGGCCAGAGUUUUGACUUCAUUGUGGUGGGAGGUGGUACAGCAGGCUGCGUGCUGGCUAACAGGCUCACAGAAAUCUCUGAUUGGACCGUGCUGCUCAUAGAAGCUGGUGAUGAUCCACCAGCUCUUGCCGAUAGUCCUGGUUGGUCUACACUUGCUGGAACCUCUCUACCGGACUGGGGUCACAAUACGGUGGACGACAAGCGAACGAGUCAAGCUCACAAGAAACGAAACAUACACCUCACGUCAGGCAAAAUGCUCGGAGGUUCCAGUAUAUCCAACUACAUGUUCUACGUGAGAGGAAACCCAGCUGACUACGACGGCUGGGCAGAGCGUGGAAACCCAGGCUGGAAUUGGGAUAAUGUCCUGAAUUACUACAAGAAGAUGGAACGUAUCGAAGACGAAGUAAUACAGAAGCAUUCAGGAAAGUUACGUGGACAAAAUGGUUACUUAGGCGUAGGAAGAUUUCCGUGGGAGCACAGAACUGAAAGUUACUACGAAAUAUUCAAAGAGAAUGGACGCAAUAUACUUAUAGAUUACAAUGGCAAAGAACAGUUGGGCUACGCACCACCGCAGUUUUCAAUAGCUGACGGAAUUCGACAGAGUACAGCGGCGGCAUACUUAAAGCCGAUUAAAGAUCGCCCAAAUGUCUACGUCCUCAAAAAUAGUGUUACGAGAAAGAUUAUUUUCCAAGACAAGAAAGCAAAAGGCGUAGAAAUUAGUCUUCCAGAUAAUAGCGUUAUCAAUAUUGUAGCUAAUAAAGAAAUAAUUUUAUCUGCAGGCGCAAUAAACAGUCCUAAAAUACUAAUGCUGUCAGGUAUAGGACCUAAAGAACAUUUGCAGGAAAUGAACAUUGGGAUUGUACACUCAUCAGCGAAUGUUGGUCAAAAUCUUCAAGAUCAUGUCUUAGUUCCUGUAGGAGUAACUGGGAAAAAUAAUAUUACUUCGAUAAUUCAUAACGCGGAUGCAUUGGUCAAUCUAAACAAAUUUCCUAUUGCUACAAUGUUAGGAUUCGUGUCCUUAAAUAAAACACAAAAGUAUCCUGAUUACCAGACAACGGUGUGUCCUUUACCAACUGCAAGCGUUUUAGCUGCUACGUUGUGUUCCCAAAUGUUAGAUUUAGAAGACGACGCAUGCAUAGAUCUUGCUAAUAAUAGCAAAAAAACAGAACUAUUGUUUGCAUUAAUUACUCUUCUGCAUCCAAAAUCUAGAGGCAGCAUACGAUUGAAAAGUAAAAAUCCUCUAGAUUCACCAUUAAUAUUGACAAAUUACUUUUCAAAUGAAAAGGAUUUGGAUGAUUUUGCAUUAUAUAUAGAAGAUUAUGUUACAGUCCUAAAUACAAACUACUACAGAAGCGUCAAUUCAAAAAUAUUAGAUUUAAAUAUAAAGCAAUGCAAAGGCUUAGAAUUAGGUAGUCGCGCCUUUUGGAAAUGUUAUAUUUUAAAUACAGCAUGGACGCAUUACCACCCAGUGGGAACAUGUGCGAUGGGACCAGAAGGUGAUGGGGUUGUGGAUAAUAAGUUGAGAGUUGAGGGUGUGCAGGGUUUGCGAGUGGUGGACGCCUCAAUAAUGCCCACCAUCGUCAGCGGUAACACUAAUGCCCCAGUAAUAAUGAUAGCAGAGAAAGCAUCUGAUAUCAUAAAACUUGAUCACGGGAUAAGUCCGAUUUAAAGGUGACAAAAUAGUGUAACAUUUAAGAAAUUGUAUACAGUUUUAGUUGUAAAUUAAGGGGUUUUUUUUUUAAUGGGUGAAAAUGGUAUGGUAACCCCGCCCGCGCUAACGGGAUACGCUGGCGGAGCACCAGUGAAGGGUGAUAGAUGAGAAUGAAAACAGGCCAGUUAGCCCAUCAUGAUGAAUUCAUCAGGAAUUAACCAUGAUAGUUUCCAGGGGAACCGCGAGGUGGUUGACCUGGUUGGGUAUAUUGCUAGCAAUGGGAUUCUCAGUCUCCAUUACUAGCAAUCCCUUUCCCGCCUUUUUUUUUUAAUUAAGGGGUUAGUAUACAGCAUGCAAAGUCAAUAAAGCAUACAGCCUACUUGAUGCAAGAAUAAUAAUACCUCGAGAUGUUCUACUCGAUCGAUUGUUAUUAUUUUGUAUUUUUCUUUUAUUUUACUGAUCUCAAAGUUAACUUAGGUUAAAUAGAAGUUAAAUUAAUUUAAGUUAAAUUAAAUACAAAAC